CACUUAAGUGUACAGUACAAGAAAAUGGCGCUUUUUACAAUCAAACAUAAUUUACCAUUUGUAAACAUUUCUAUUUAAUUAUUUAAUUUCUAGACAAAUUUAUUUAUUAUUUUUUUUUAAAAAAGAAUUAACCACGUUACGCGAUCUGAUAAAAACGGUGUAUAUCUAUAUGUGGACUAUGUAUCAAAAUUACGUAAUGUUUUCAAUUGAAAUUUAAAGUUGCCGGCUAUGACAAAUCAGAAUUAUUUAUGAAAGGCAAACGAUAAGGCAACCAAUAAUGAUUGAUGAAGUAUUACUAAGUAUAUGAUGGCUAAUGAUAAUAAAUCAAAUUCUAACGGCAUUUUAUAUAUGAAAAACACAAAUCUGAUGAAGCAGUUAAAUAUAGAAAGAGUUCGAGAAGACACUCAAAAAUUAAGAGCUGCAUUUAUUGAAAAUGUUGAACAGCAACUUGCAGGAUUAAUGGAUGAUGCUAUUUCUAAAUUGGGAGAUCAAAUUGAAUUAUCAUCUGAUUAUGAUAAUCUGAAUAAGAAAAAUUUGAAAAAUGUUGAUGGGAAAAAUAAUGAACUUCCAGAUAAAAUAUUUGUUCAGAGGGACUCUUUAUUAACGGAACUUCUAAAAAUUAAUCAUAUACAAACUAUCUACAAUAUCUUUGUUGCUGUAUUAAUGCUGCUUUUUCUGAAUACCAUUUUAUAUGAUUUUGUUGAUUCAGGAAAAAUAAACUUAGAUUUUGAUAUGAUGACUUAUGCAUUUGGAAAAGGACAAACUGUUCUAACUGUUUGGGUUUUGAUGAAACUUAGUCUAAUAGCAGUUCUUUUUCCAACAUUCCAUUUCUGGGCACAUUACAGAUCUUAUUUAAAAUGUUUAUAUUCUCCAGAUUUGUGUUUCUUGACACUCUACAUUAUUUUCAUCUGUGGUCUUAUGGUUCUGCCAGUUCGUGUAAUUAUUCAUGAAGAAAUUCCACCUGCUUCAGCUGUAAUUAUUUUAGCAGAACAGGUACGUCUUAUUAUGAAAGCCCAUGCAUUUGUUAGAGAAAAUGUUCCAAGAGCAAUAAAAUUUAAAUUUCAUCAAGAUGGAGAUAAAUCCCUUGAUUCACCAUGUCCAGAUUUUGGAAAAUUUUUAUAUUUUCUCUUUGUACCAACACUUAUUUAUCGAGAUAAUUAUCCUAGGACCUCAACUGUAUGUUGGAAAUAUGUUGCUGUGAAUUUCAUUCAAGUUCUUGCUUGUCUGUUUUAUAUAUAUUAUAUAUUCCAAAGAUUCUGUGUGCCAAUUUUUCGUAGAUUUGGCCAUGAAAGAUUUACUCCAAAAGGACUACUACUAUCAGUUUUUGGAUGUAUGAUGCCAGGAACAUUAGUUUUGUUAAUAACUUUUUUUGCGCUACUUCAUUCUUGGAUGAAUGCUUUUGCAGAAAUGCUUCGGUUUGCAGACAGAAUGUUUUAUAAG